AUGCAGCAGCUGGCUGAUGGGGAGGAGGGCUUAGGAGGAGGCGUGACAACAGCAGACAGCAGCAGCAGCAGCAGCAGCAGUAAUGUUCUCUGCUGCUGCUGCAGGAGCAGACCUGCUGCUGCAACAGACGCAGGUGGAGAUAGUGCUGCUGCUGCCAGCAGCAGCGGUGAUGUCCUCGUGGUUGCUGCUCCCGAUCUCAGGGCGUUGGCGCUGCUGCAGCACGGCAGCAGCAGCAGCAGCAGCGGUUGCGGUGCAGCAGCAGGAGUAGCAGCAGGAGACCCUUCUGCUGCUGGGGGUUAUUUGUUUUCGUCUGCGCGGCUGCAGGCGGCUGUGGGCGGCACUGGCGUUGCUGCUCAGGGCUACCGCAGCAGCAGCAGCAGCAGCAGCAGCAGCAGCAGCAGUGGGUAUCCAUCUGUAUGCAGCGAGUGGUAUAUGUGCAUGCACUUAGGUGCUGAGGCCGGGCGGGUGCUGCAGGUGGCUGAGCCUGUUGCUGCUCCUGCCUUUGGCGUGCUGCAGCAGAGCAGCAGCAUUUUGCCUUCUCCCUUCGAUACACGAAAAAGAAGACAGUGGCUGCAGCUCCCCUAUGCUGUUGACCCCUUUGCUGCUGCUGCUGCUGCUGCUGCUCCUGCUGCUGCUGCUGGGGGUUGUGUCCACGAAAAAGAAGACAGUGGCUGCAGCUCCCCUAUGCUGUUGACCCCUUUGCUGCUGCUGCUGCUGCUCCUGCUGCUGCUGCUGCUGCUGGGGGUUGUGUUGGUGCUGCUGGAGGAACAGCAGAGAGAACGGCUGCAGGGCAGCAUCAGUACCCUCCUAAGAGAGGGGCCCCUGGGGGCCCCCUCAGCGACUCUUUACGGCCGUAUGGGGGCCCCCCAUGGCUACGACGAUCUGUUUUCUCUGCACCCGGCUCCUGCUGCUGCUCAUCAUCAUCAGCAGCAGCAGCAGCAGCAGCAGCAGUAUGAGGAUGGCAGCAGCAGCUUAUACUUAUCUAUGGGGCCCCAGCGGAGCGGCCCCUGGCGGGUGUGUCAGCUCCUUGCUGAGCAUAUGAUGGAGGAGGCGCAGUUUGGGGGCAGCUCGAUGGCCGCUGUCUUCUGGCAGCUCCUCGCAGAAAAUAUUAACACCUUCGCAGCAAUGCAUGCAGCACACUCCUCCUCUCCCCCCCAGGGGGAGUGUUCAGAGCAGCAGCAGCAGCAGCAACAGCAACAGCAGCAGGCUGCUGCUGCUGCUGCCGCGAAAGGGGCAGGUGGAUGCAGCAGUGCAGCAACAGCAGCAGCAGCGGCAGCAAGUGCUGCUGCUGCUGCUGCUGCUGCAGGAGGCCAACAAAGCAUAGAGAAAACCGCAGCCAUUGCUGUCGCCUGGAGGAUGCUGACGGCACUGGAGCUGCGGCGAGAGGCAGCAGCAAACGUUGGGGUUGAGCUCGUCAGCGAGCAGCUGCUGCUGCCGUUCGUGCUGCAGCAACAGCAGCAGCAACAGCAACAACAGCAGCAACAGCAGCAACAGCAGAGCAUCCUGCAGCAGCAGCAGCAGCAGCAACAAAGUGUGCUGCAACAGCAGCAACUGCAGCAGGCAUGGGGCUCCAGAGUCCUUGGCUGCUUCCCCCAGCAGCAACAGCUGCAGCAGCAGCAGCAGCUGCAGCAGCAGCAGCCCUUCUCCCAGCAAGCAGGUGUAUCUCUGCUGCAGUCUUCCGUUGCGGCUGCUACCCAGCAGGUGGGGAGCCCCCUAGGGGCCCCCCUGGGGGCCCCCUUGGGGGCCCCCCUGCAGAGUCUGACGCCUACGGCGCGGGGCCUCAUCCUGUUUGCCUCGCGUCUGCUGCGGCCUCUGCUGGGUACUCCUUUGGUUGAGGCUGCUCUGUUGCCUUGUGGGUUGGCGCGUGCUGAGCAGCAGCAGCAGCAGCAGCAGCAGGAGGGGAGGAGCAGCAGGAAGAGAACACGUGAGUUUGAAUGGCAGCAAGAAGAGAUGAAUGCUGCAGCACAGCAGCAGCGGCUGUCUCCUUGUAUUGUCGGUAGACUCUCAGCUCAGGCUGUAGCCCGCCUACUAUACAAGAUCGCCUCUCUAUACGAGGUAAUUGAUGCGGUGUACACGACACUUUUCUUUUCGUUUGGGCAGCGGGCGUCUCUGCAGCAGCAGCAGCAGCAGCAGCAACAGCAGCAGCAGCAGCAGCUGUCUCGAGGCGCUUCUUGGGGGUUUCCCUCUCGCGGCUUGCCGCCGCACUUUGCUGCGCUGCGGCUGUCAGGGGGCCCCUACAGUGAUGGGGGCCCCCUGGGGGCCCCUGGGGGCCCCUCUGCUGCAGAAGUGGAGCAGCAUGAUAUGAUAUGGGAUUCAAUUCCGCUGGCUGAUGCUGUUGAGCUCAGUUAUGGCGUUAGCCGGGUGCUGGUGAUCGCCUCUGAAAUGCUGACGGCGUACCAGCUGCUGAUGCAGCAGGCGGAGUAUUCUAUACAGAUGGGCGCCAGCCGCUUUAUCGCUUCUUCUUUGUUUGAUUCUCUUCUUUAUAUUACACUAACAGAUUUGUAA